AUGUCCCUGCUCUGGGAGGCGCUGAUGAGGAACUCGCCGCAGAGGGAGAGGGAAGAGACGGGGCCACGUGGCCUUUUAGGAUGGCGAGGGAUUUGUAGGGUUGGGAGAAGGGGAUUUUUUGGUUUGGGGGAGAAUAGGAGUGGAAAGAAUUUGAAGGGCUCUCGUCUGGCUCUUCUGUCGUCAAGCUGCUUGGAUUUGAACUUGGAGACGACAAUGGAGUGUCCAUUAGGUCGAACAGAUAGUGAAGAGCAUACUGGUCAAAGGGGGAGGAGGCCGAAAGAGAGCACUACGAGCAUGGAGGAUACGGUCAGAUCGUCCGACCUCCACUCAUGUUCUUCCGCCAGCCUCGCCUCCGCCUGCCCCUCCCGAUCGUGUCGCCUCUUGAGGUGCAUGUACACCACCCAGUCCCCAUUCCCCCUCGCACUCCUCAUCGGCAUCACGUACCCAGUCUCCCCGCCCCACGGGAAGUGGUACGACCCGAAUUCCGGCCCUCCCCACCCGAAAUUUAGCUCCUGGACGGGGAAUCUCAGCCCUGACGACACAACCACGGCCGCCUCAUCGUUCUCGUCUCUACAGUACACCUUCACCACCGCCGGCUUCGGCCUCCGCAUCUCUACCCAAUCGAUUAGCGCCAAGAAGUGCUCCGCCGCGGACGCCUCCGCCACGCACCCGUGCACCGCCUCUGCUGCCUUCGAGAGCGGCGCCGCCCAGAGAGCACCGGCGCUCUCCCCCACGUAUGGGAUCGAGAGGACAUUCCCAAAAUAUCGGUCCGCACCUGCGCCCAGACGCGUUCUCCCGUCCACCACGACCCCCAAUUUCACCGCCUUGGACGGAUCCCCGACGGCGGCGCCGGCUAGGGUUUUCCAGAGGAAGGCGCCGAACGACUCGAUUUUGCUCCUCCGUGCGCCGCUGCAGCAGGCCUGGGACUGGAGGCGGUCGAUUUCGUCGGACGGGACGAGGUAG